UCACAGCGGGGCCCUGAACACGGCGUCCCGCUGCCAUGUUGUUGUCUCUCGGAGUUUCCAGCUUCGGUCUCGUGUCCGCGGACUCACGGACGAGCAGGCGCAGCUUUACGGGACCGUACCUGGACCACGAGCGAGCUUCGGGCCGCCGACUAACGAACCGGACCGCGAGAGGAGCCGCCGGGUGAGGUGAAGAUGGUGGACCGGCUUGCGAACAGCGAGGCCAACUCCAAGCGGAUCGCGGUGGUGGAGGGCUGCUUCGGCGCCGCGGGCCAGCCGCUCGUCAUCCCCGGCCGCGUGCUGAUCGGCGAGGGCGUGCUCACCAAACUGUGCCGCAAGAAGCCCAAGGCGCGGCAGUUCUUCCUCUUCAACGACAUCCUGGUCUACGGCAACAUCGUCAUCCAGAAGAAGAAGUACAACAAGCAGCACAUCAUCCCGCUGGAGGCCGUCACCAUCGACACGGUGCCGGACGAGGGCGACCUGCGCAACGGCUGGCUCAUCAAGACGCCCACCAAGUCCUUCGCCGUGUACGCCGCCACCGCCACGGAGAAGUCCGAGUGGAUGAACCACAUCGGGAAGUGCGUGGAGGACCUGCUGCAGAAGAGCGGCAAGGCGCCGGCGGGCGAGCACGCCGCCGUGUGGGUGCCCGACUCGGAGGCCACGGUGUGCAUGCGCUGCCAGAAGGUGAAGUUCACGCCGGUCAGCCGGCGCCACCACUGCAGGAAGUGCGGCUUCGUGGUGUGCGGGCCGUGCUCGGAGAAGAAGCACCUGCUGCCCAGCCAGUCCUCCAAGCCCGUGCGCGUCUGCGAGUACUGCUUCCUGCAGCUGACGGCGGGCGGCCUGGCGCCGCGCUCGGACUCCCUCAGCCGGCUCGGGUCAAAGUUCAACAACCUGUCGGACGACGACGACGAGGACGACAGCAGCGACUGAGGAGCCGGAACCGUCCGAGGAGGAAGUCGUCCUCCUCUUUUGUUGUUGUUUGUUUCUCCUCCCAGAGGAUUAAUUCACUAACUCUCUUCAAACCAAAAAAAAAGUUUUACUGCAGCCGGGAUCGAUAUCGAUAUUCUCCUCAACGCGGUUAUGAAACGUGAAAUUAACCGGCUGACCAGCAUUAUUCUUCUUCUUCUGUCGAUUCGUCACUACAGGACAUAACGGUGCUAAUGAGAAAACACUUCCUCCUCCUCCUCCUCCCCUUCCUCCUCCUCUUCCUCCCCCUCUUACCUGCACAAGGUGAUCUCUUGUUAUUUCUGCAGGGAAAAGUAAACGUUUGACCUUCUCUUUCCUUCAGGUGGUUUUUUUUCUUCUUUUUGUAGAAGUUAAUAUUUUUCUGCUCCUAUUUUGUAAAUUCGUCCCUUUGUUGUUUUAUAUAUAUAUAAAAUAACAAAAUGUAGAUAUUAUGCUAAACGCAGAGCUCUUCCUCUUGCUUCUGACAAAUCAGCUGAAGCUUGUUUUAGCCCCUCCCCCCUCCUCAACAAACAAAACUACCGGUUGCCUUUGCAUCACGUAGUGCCUUGUAGAAGUGUGUGUGUGUGUGUGUGUGUGUGUGUGUGUGUGUGUGUGUGUGUGUGUGUGUGUGUGUGUGUGUGUGUGUGUGUGGCUUCAUUCCUCCUUACCUUUGAAAUUAAUGAGCAAAUGAUUCUUUAUUGAUCUAUUUUCUCCGCACGUCUUUGUAUUCAAACCUUUACAGAAAUGAUAAAUGAGCUCAUUAAGUUUAUUCAGCAUCAAAAAUCCCUAAAAAGAAAACUGACUAAUCUAAAUAAAGGGUUUACAAACCAA